AUGUCUGCCAAUCCCACUAUUGAUGAUGCCAAAGAUGAAUUUCUUUCACCAUUUCGCCGACUAUACGCAUUAACAAGAACACCUUAUCCUGCACUUGCCAACGCUGCACUAUUAGCUUCAACCCCGAUGCUAUCCCCAUCUUUCAAAGUGCCUCCAACGCAAUCUCCAGCUCUUUCAAUACCAAUCUCCAGGGUAUUUUCUAGAUCUUCUACCCCUAGAGUUGGUAUAACUACUAAGACUGCCUUGUUUUUCUCUACAAUGCAAGCCAUAGGAGCAUACAUGAUCUAUGACAACGACUUAGAGAACGGAGCUGGCUUCAUUGCCACAUGGUCGGCCUUGUAUUUGAUUGUGGGAGGAAAGAAGUCGUUUAGUGCACUAAGAUACGGGAGGACUUGGCCGUUGCUGCUGUCGUCAGUAUCUUUAGCCAACGCUGUCCUGUAUGGUCAAAGGUUCCUUGCUACCGGGUUCCAAUGA